GCUCAUUCAGUUAAGAGCCAGCCUCCUCAUUUAGGACAGACAGAAAACUUCCUGCCCCCUUAACCGGGACACAGACAUCUACCUGCUCUCUCAGAACCACUUCUACAGCAGCCAUGGCCACCUUUGUGGAGCUCAGUACCAAAGCCAAGAUGCCUAUCGUGGGCUUGGGCACGUGGAAGUCUCCCCCAGGCCAAGUCAAGGAAGCAGUGAAAGUGGCCAUUGACACUGGAUAUCGCCACAUUGACUGUGCGUAUACCUAUCAGAACGAGAACGAGGUGGGAGAAGCCAUCCAAGAGAAGAUCAAAGAGAAGGUUGUGAAGCGGGAGGACCUCUUCAUUGUGAGCAAGUUAUGGCCCACCUGCUUUGAGAGAAAACUGCUGAAGGAAGCCUUCCAGAAGACCCUCACAGAUCUGAAACUAGACUAUCUGGACCUCUAUCUUAUUCACUGGCCACAAGGACUUCAGCCCAGGGGAAAGGAGUUAUUCCCCAAAGAUGAUAAAGGCAAUAUUCUCACCAGUAAAAUAACAUUCUUGGAUGCCUGGGAGGUUAUGGAAGAACUGGUGGAUGAGGGAUUAGUGAAAGCCUUGGGCAUCUCCAACUUCAACCACUUCCAGAUUGAAAGGAUCCUGAACAAACCUGGACUGAAACAUAAACCAGUGACCAAUCAGGUCGAGUGCCACCCAUACCUCACCCAGGACAAACUGAUCCAGUACUGCCACUCCAAGGGCAUCACUGUCACGGCCUACAGCCCCCUGGGCUCUCCAGAUAGACCUUGGGCCAAGCCAGAGGACCCUUCACUACUGGAGGAUCCAAAGAUUAAAGCGAUUGCUACAAAGCACAAGAAAACAUCAGCCCAGGUCCUGAUUAGGUUCCAUAUCCAGAGGAACGUGGUGGUGAUCCCCAAGUCUGUGACACCCUCACGCAUACGUGAGAACUUUCAGGUCUUUGACUUCCAGCUGACUGAUGAGGAGAUGGCCGCCAUUCUCAGCUUCAACAGAAACUGGAGGGCCUGUUUGCUGCCUGAGACGACCAAUAUGGAAGAGUUUCCUUACAAUGCAGACUACUGAAGCUGCAUCAUCUGAUGACAUCGCUGAGUGGACCCCACACACUUGCUGAUGUACAGCUCACUCCUCCUGAGCCCUAUUUUAGCCAUGGCUGGCUGACAUCAUCCUGUGCUUGCCUUGAUAUAGGCCAAAAUCUAGGUGAUGCUGUAUUUAAGUCUGGUGACCAACCACAGGUAGACUGUUCCAUGGAAAUGUGACUCAGGGAAGCGAACUACAAUUUAUUUCACUGCUCUGAUCUGACCAAAUGUUUGUCAAACACCAGGAACUCUGAUAACACUAAGGAUGUAAAGAUAAAAUAAUAAAAAUAACAGUAACAAUGAUGCCCA